AUGGGUUUCGUACAACGUGCUCUGUUUACAUGGUUCAUAUUGCUAGUGUUCCUUGUGGUGCUUUGCCUUCGCUUAGAGAAUCGGAUCUACUGGAACUGGUUUCUAGUUUUCAUCCCACUAUGGUUUUACGACAUCAUACUAGUAACAUGGGCCGUAAUCGAAAUCGUCCAAAGGCAACAUGCCAACCGGCUAAUCUCGUUGCAUCAUUACAAGUACUACGUAGUGGGAAUAGUGUUGAAAAUAUUCUCCCAAAUCACCAUCUGCCUGAAGCUGGAGUACAAAUCGAUUCCCAUGUACAUAAUGAUGAUCCCGAUUUGGAUGCUGCUCGCAUUACUUAUCGUGUUUGUCGGUACACAUCUGCAGCCAAAGCCACGCUCCAUUGGUUCAAACAGGAGCAACCGACAAUCCACAGGCGUAUCCUCCUGAGGGUAUUUGAAACUUCGCGUUUGCGAAAUCGAACCAAGCGCAACGGAAUAAACUCGAGGAUUAAAAGCGUUUAUAAUAGUCCUAAUGGCUUGUCGUGUCAUUGCAACGUUGGUGCAAU